AGAAAUCAAACUUCUGAAUUUAUUAUUCCGAUGAUCAAUAUGUCGACUGGACAUGUGGAAAUGCGAUAUGAUGAUAUAAUAAAACAAAAUAAUAACCGAUUAUAUCGAGGUUUGGUACUCACUAAUAAAAUGAAAAUUCUUUUAAUAAGCGAUUUAACAACUGAUAAAAGUACUGCUGCAAUGGACAUUAAUGCCGGCUCUAUGUGCGAUCCAGAUGAUCUACCUGGAUUAGCGCAUUUCUGUGAGCAUAUGUUGUUCCUAGGAACGAGAAAAUAUCCUCAACAGAAUGAUUUCAAAAAAUUUCUGUCACGGAAUGGUGGUGAGUUUUACGCAACAACAGAUUUAGAUCACACUGUCUAUUAUUUCGAUGUAGCUACCGAAAAGUUAGAAGGCGCUUUAGAUCAUUUUGCUCAAUUUUUCUUGGCGCCUCUCUUUACCGAGAAUUUGAUUGAGCUAGAACUAAAUGCUCUAAAUUCAGAAUACGAGGAAAACGUAACAACUUAUGCGACGCGAUUUGAUCAAUUAGAGAGAUCAUCUGCGAGCUCAGAUCAUCCGUUUUCGAAAUUCAACAUAGGAAAUAGAGAAACAUUAGACACAAUACCGAAACAAAAGGGCAUUAAUGUUCGAAAUAAACUAUUAGAGUUUCAUGAAAAGUAUUAUUCUGCAAAUAUUAUGUCACUAUCUGUUCUUGGUAAAGAGAGUUUAGAUGAACUCGAAAAUAUGGUAGUGGAUCUGUUUUGCGAAGUACGAAACAAUGAAAUUGAAGUUCCAAUAUGCCCUGAAUAUCCAUUCAAGGAUGAACAUUUCCGCACUAUAUGGUACAUUGUUCCAAUAGAGGAUAUAAGAUAUUUAGACAUUUCGUUUCCUUUGCCAGACAUGCGUCAACAUUACUGGUUUUCGCCUGAAUAUUACGUUUCUUAUUUGCUUAAACAUAAAGGAGAAGGCUCAUUAUUAUCAGCGUUGAAAGCUAAAGGAUGGUGUAACUUAAUAGGAUCUAGAUUACAUCCUUCUACCAGAGGCUACAGUAUUUUUAAUAUUUAUGUCGAUUUGACCGAAGAAGCUAUUAAGCAUAUCGAAGAUAUUGUUCUACUGGUGUUUCAAUAUAUCAAUAUGCUUAAGUUGAAAGGACCAAUUAAAUGGAUCUACGAU